AACAAUUAAAACCCAACCAAUAAAAAUCAAGAUAACGAUCAAAUUCAAGAACAAUGCCUUAUGGGAAUCAACUUCCGCAGGAUAAGUGAGGCCGAGAGUGGCCUUAGCAAGAACAUGAGCCAUUCGUUUCCCUCUUCGAGAACAAAACAAUAACGGGUUUCCAGAAGGGUUGACUGAAACUAAAAAUCCCAAAUGGGGUAUUUCCCAUGUCUAUAAAUAAAUGUAAUUUCGCAGCCAAUUUUUAAGACGUGAUCCCAACAGUCAUGCCUAAUUUUUCAUCCCUGCUCCCAAAUUUGCCCUCAUUAAUUGAGUUUCCACUCACUUUUUACGUAUCUUCCAAUGAUGAAAUCAAUUCUUUGGUUGGUUAUGGCAAUUAAAUCGUUGAUGAUCAUUGAAACUGGGUGGGAGCGAUUAAAGGAAACUGAUGAAUCCCACCGCCACCUUCUUAAACAUCAUUCGACUUUUCCCUUCCCUCUUCCGGUACAGAACUCCUCCAGGUUAGGGUAUCCAAACUGUUGUCUGUUAUCAUGCACUUGCUAUGUUGGCGCCUUCAAGCUCUUUCAUCAUCAGAGCAACUUGGAGAAGAUGACUCGGGACUUAAAGAACUGGAUGAAAACUUUUAAGACCCGGGAGGCACAGGUAAAAGAUGAAUGCACAAGAACAGAAAGGACAAGCUGUAAAUGCGGUUUCUGCUCGAGCAACACUCGAUCUCUUAAAGCAGCUACAGGUUAACAAGUCACUCUUGUUCAAGUAGCAGAAGCUUUGAAUUCUUGUUUGCCCGUUGAAGAGGAUGUUUUCUGGGUGUUAGAUAGUAAGUUAGGGGGUGAGUUAGUGGAGCAAGAUGGUGUUGUUGUUAUUAUUAAGUUGUCAAAUGCUCGAGUGGCUCAGAUUGUGUUAAAGUAUUUUCAGGAUAGGUGUGAGUUGAAUAGGGAGGUUGUGCUUUACAAUGUGACUAUGAAGGUGUUUAGGAAGAGUAAAGAUUUGCUGAAAUGGUUGAGAGAGGUGUUGCGCCAGAUAACGUUACGUUUUCGAUGAUUAUUGGGUGUUCGAGGUUGCGCUCGUUGCCCGGGAAGGCUGUGGAGUGGUUUGAGAAAAUGGCGGCGUUUGGGGUUGAGCCGGAUGAUGUUACUUACGCGGUGAUGAUUGAUUGUUACGGACGCGUUGGGAAUGUGGAUAUGGCGUUGAGGUUGUAUGAUCGUUCGAGGACCGAGAAGUGGCGACUUGAUGCGGUAACGUUCACAAUGAUUAUAAAAAUUUACUGGACGAGUCGGAAUUUCGAUGGGUGUUUGACGGUUUUUGAAGAGAUGAAAGCGCUUGGUGUCAAACCGAAUUUGGUGUGUUAUAAUACGUUGUUAGACGCUAUG